AUGGCGAAAGUACUCACAACAGCUUCCAAAUGUGUACCGAAUUUAAUAAAUCUAUCAUCAAAAACAUCAGCAAUAAAUGUUCGUUCAUCCUCACCUAUCUAUCGAUCAUAUUCGAUUCAACAGACAUGUAAUCCAUUAUCAACUAAUAAUAUUCAUUCACAUCAACAAACUUAUUUUUCAACGAAAUAUCAAAGUAAUUCAAUACAACCAAAGAAUUUUAUUUAUGAUGAUCCACUAUUUAUACCAAAACGAGGAAAUGCAUCACAACCUAAAGGAUUUAUUGGUUCAUUAAUGGAUAAUAUAAAAGAAGAAUUAAAUAAAAAUAAAGAUAUAAAAGAUAAUAUAAAGAAAUUUCGUGAUCAAGCAAAAAAACUUGAAGAUAGUGAUGCAUUAAAAGAAGCUCGAGAUAAAUAUAAAACAUUAGAACGUGAAACAAUGAAAAGUUCAACUGCUUUUCGUGAAAAACUCGGUGAAAUUGGUGGAAAAGUUAAAGAAAGUGAUGUUUUAAAAAAAGCAUCUGAUUUUGGUCAAGAAAUAGGUAAACAAGCACAGAAAGCUGCUGGAAAAAUUUCCGAAACAACUGAACAAUUUACUGGCACAGCUGCUUAUAAGAAAGUUUCUGAACGUUUAGGUACAAUUAAAGAAGAAGUUGGUGAUGCAACUAAAUUAUCUAGACAAUUAGGUUAUCGACCACCAGCAGUAUUACGAAAACGAAGUGAUACUGAUACAAUAAAGAAAGAUAAAGUCUUUAGUGCUGAUACAGAAACACAAACGGUUGCUGUACACAAAGAUUCUCAAUGGUUUCAAAAUUGGCAAAAUUUUAAAGACAAUAAUACUUAUUUAAAUAAAUUAUUUGAUCUUAAAUCGAAAUAUGAUGAAAGUGAUAAUUUAGUUGUACGUGUUGCAAGAACAUUUACAGAUAGAGUAUCUGGAGCAUUAUCUUCAAUAUUUAGUCAAUCGGAAACAAGUGAAGCUUUAACAGAAAUUUGUCGUGUUGAUCCAACCUUUGAUGUAGCACAAUUUCUUCGUGUUGUUCAAUAUGAUAUUAUUCCAAAUAUAUUUGAAUCUUUAGCACGUGGUGAAUUAGAAAUAUUAAGAGAUUGGUGUACUGAAGCUGUUUACAAUGUACUCAUUCACCCAAUUAAUACAUCAAAAGCAUUAAAUUAUAAAUAUCAUUUAAAAAUAAUUGAUCUCGGUGAUGUUGAACUUGUUGCUGCUAAAAUUAUGGAAAUGGGACCUGUACUAGUAGUCAAUUUUCAAGCUCAACAAAUAGCUUAUAUAGCUGAUGCAACCGGUCAAAUCAGAGAAGGAGAUCCAGAACAAAUAAAUCGAAUUAAUUAUAUUUUUGCACUUGGUCGUGAUCCAACCAUACUUGAUCCUCUAGCUGCUUGGCGUCUUGUUGAUUUAAGUGCAUCAAAAGUUAAUCAUUUUGUUUGA